AUGCGGUCCGCGGAGGAUGCGAGAUGGGGCUUCAAUUUUUGGGUGACCCGCAGCAUUGUAUUCUUCACACGCCCUGCGACUGAACAAGUGACUCGAAGCUGGGAUCCACCAGCUGUUUUCCUCCGUACGGAGGGAGACAGGGGAGACGUUAAUAUUGACAGGGACUAUUAUACGCUUGACAGCGUAGAUGAUUCCGAGUCGCAUGUUCUAGCUUCGUUACUCAAGCUCUGGUUGCGUGAGCUAUGGGACGCAUUGAUCCCUGAAGAGAUGUACAACGACAAUAUUGCGCAUUCUCGCGAACCUACGGUGAAUCUGGCGCUGGUGAUGGCACCGAACUUACUGAGGUGCAAUCCAGAAUCUAUGACCGUCGUGUUUACACUGGCAAAUGUUCAGUACGCGAAGUGUUCGCCUAUAAUCUUCUGA